UCAACCGCUUUUGGUCCUCCUGCGGUCGAACUAACAUUUAAAAAGUCGGUUAAAUGACAAUAGUGCCAUAAUGUCGCGAAUAUUGGCCUGUGUGUUUGUGUGUGUGUGCGUUGUACGGACUCAAGUCAUCCCGGGGAAGUCCCGAGUCAAUGAUGGAGAUUUUAACACUGUUAACACUGAUGGAUCCUUUGAUUUCGGAUACGCGAACAAAGACCGAGGGGCGAGCUACCACCUGUCACACAGCAACUCCAACGGGGUGGUUGGAGGCCGCUUCGGAGCCCGGGACCCCGGGACCAACGAGAUUAAAGAGACUAUUUACACCGCCGGACCUAGAGGUUUCCGAGCUAAGGGUCCGAAUGUUCACCGGAAGAUGGACCUUGACCAGCGGCCGCGGGGGCCGAUAGGGAACAAGGACGACCCUAACUUCGACCCCAACGAAGACCCCAGCUACUCCUUCAAGGUCGAAACCAGGACGUACACUAAGAACGAAAACGCGGACAGCAGGGGAGACGUUAAGGGUCACUACUCCUACGUAGACGACGUAGGGGAACGUCACGACGUGUCCUACAUAGCCGGCCGGGACACCGGCUUCCACGUCUCCUCUGCUCAUCCUGACAGCCCCAACCUGAUCGGGAACCCCUUCCAUCGAGCGCCGCUGGUGCGAGCCGAGACGAAGUCAAGGGGAAGGACAGCCGUGCAGAGAGGACUUGAUGGUUCUUAUAGAUUCAUCUCAGCUGGCCCCGACCAGAGACGCACAGAGAGCAGCGACUCGCACGGUAACGUAAGAGGAUCAUACACGUUCUUGGACGACAAAGGUAUCCAAAGGACAGUUAACUACAUAGCGGGCCCCGGCAUUGGUUACCGAAUAGUCAAGAACAGCAAGGACCCCUACAUCCCCAUCAACUUCCCUACCAUCCCCAGCAGCUACGACCCAGACUUCAACACCGGCAGCGCCUCCGACACGUCCCUGCAGACCGGACCCGACGGUUCUGAUGAUGUCUUCAAACGGCCGGACGGCACCGCGGCUUCUGGUCACGUGAAGCCCUCCCCCUUCCCAGCGUCCGACAUCGACGUGGGCGUGGCCCCGCCCAGCGCAAGCGACACGCCCCCCUACAACCCGAACAAAUUUAACGGCUACACCGAAAACGGACCGACCAAAGGACCAGGCAAGCCUCGGCCGUUUAGGCCGACGAAGAAGCCGUAUGUGCCGCUUAAGCCGUCUCAGGCGCCCAAAACUGACGAUGACGAGAAAAGUAAGCCGGAGUACGCGGUAGGUUUUAACGUGGAAACCACGCCUCGGGAGACGCUCAUUAGUAACGUCGGCGGGGACUACUUUACCAUACCUCCGGGAGUGUCGGUGCGUGCCCACGUUCAGAGCAUCGACCUCUACCCGUUCGGCGCCAAACCCAUAUCACCGUCUGAAGCACUGGAAAACGACAAAUCGUAGCGAUCCCACUGACUAGGCAUACACGAUAUUUAAUAAACACUA